UGAGUCCUGGGUCAGUUAAAGCAGAUCAACUCCUCCUUCGCUCUCAAACAAACAAAUCCUUCUUUAAACCGCCAUGGUCUCAUGGAUCAUCUCUAGACUAGUCGUGCUGAUAUUUGGCACACUUUAUCCAGCGUAUUCUUCAUACAAGGCUGUAAAGACAAAGAAUGUAAAAGAAUAUGUGAAAUGGAUGAUGUACUGGAUCAUAUUUGCCUUGUUCACCACAGCAGAAACCUUCACAGAUCUCUUCCUUCCAUGGUUUCCAUUUUAUUAUGAACUCAAAAUCGCUUUUAUUGUUUGGCUGCUGUCUCCUUACACGAAAGGAGCCAGCGUUCUCUACAGGAAGUUUGUGCACCCGACACUGUCCUCCAAAGAGCAGGAGAUUGACGAGUACCUGAGCCAAGCCAAAGAUCGUAGCUAUGAAGCGGUGGUGCAGUUUGGGAGACGGGGAUUGAAUGUGGCAGCCAGCGCCGCGGUGACAGCCGCUGCCAAGGUGUCUCCCUUUCUCAACGUAACCCUGUCUGAAGAGAGUACAGAGGGGCAGGGACAGGGGGCUCUGUCGGAGAGGCUGAGGAGCUUCAGCAUGCAGGACCUGACCUCAAUCCGAGGUGAAGACGGCCCCACGACAAGGAUAGGCAGUGCCCACGCUCCCACGCAGAGUGCCCCCCGCCACAUCACAGAGACCAUCGACAACUCGGCCUUUAGAAACGGCAUCAUAUUCAAUAUCAUAACAGGCGAUGAAGUAAACAUUGAUCAGGGUCAAAGGGCAGAGGAGGAGCAGUAUAAGGCUAGAGCAGUAGAGAACUCUGAUGAUGAGGUUGAGCAGCUCGUGAUCAAACGCCCCCAGAAACCACUUAGGAAAAAGUUACCACGGUCCGAGGCAGAGCUUAGGCGCCCCAAACCACCUCCCAGAAGGAAAUGUAGCUCGACGUCCAACAGUGAGACGAUGUGAUGCCGAAUGACCGCCAAGGCUGCAGUGACCUUGUUUAGACCUCCUGUUCCAUGCCCUACCUUUACGAGCCAAAAAAAACACACACACACACAUUCACACCAACUGAGCAACACCGGGAAAAGGCCAGCAGUGGCUUGUGCUGCAGAUGUCUUUCAGCUGCCAACUGACAUGAGUAUAAGAUUAUCUGUAGGCAUCAUCUUUUUUUAAUAUACAGUAUAUAUAUAACAUUUUUCUGCUUCGCAGUAUUUAACACAGCGUUUCGGGGCAAUGAGUGAGCAAAAGGAUUGUAUUUAUCAAUGCUAAAGUGUUUGUAAUGUUCACACAGCCUUUCCCCUUUCUGUAAAGGGCUUUUCCCAGCACAUGAGAGGCUCCUGAAAUAAAGUAACCCAGACCCAGAGGCACCAAAUUCCACCUAGUCUUCGUCAGUAGCACCUGUUUUGUCUUUAAGACCGCAAUUGCCAAUUCUCAUGUCGGCAUCCAAAUUAAAACUGAAUUGUGGGAUUUUAUUAUAAUAAUAAUAUAAUAA